GGAAAAUGGAUCGACUAACGCUUUGAGGGAUGAAAGAUCAUUUUUGUGCUUAACCCUUUCUGCACCGAGAUCUGCGAACAAUCGAGCAGAAGAUGAUGCGCCAGGUGACAAGCAGUGACUUCUGCAUGAAUAGCAGGCCGUCAUGCCUUGCAGAGGACGGCCACCACCCUGCCUCCCACUUUGACCUGUGCACCCAGGCCAACAAGUUCUACCCUCCUCCUCCUCCAUCGGCCCUCCAGAUGACGCUGGCUCCCAUGACCUUACCUGCUCAGAGCCACAAGCCCAUGGUGUGCCAGAGACAGGAAGUGCUCGGGAGUUCGCCUGGAAAAAUACCCAGCAUUAAAAGCACUGAUCAAGCGCCGGAUGACGGCAAGAAGAAGAACAAGGCUGCCGGGAAGACCGGCAGACGCGGGAGGCCUUUGGGAACCACCAAGCUUGCUGGAUACAGAACCAGCACAGGGAGGCCCCUUGGCACCACCAGAGCCGCUGGCUUCAAAACGAGCCCAGGAAGGCCGCUGGGUACAACCAGAGCGGCAGGGUACAAGGUCAGCCCCGGACGGCCCCCGGGUAGCAUCAAGGGUCUCUCUCGCCUCAACAAACUGGCUUAUGGUAGCACCUGCAGCGGGGCGGCUUUCCCCUAUCCGCUACCACACAAGGAAAUCCUCUGUGAACCUUCCUGCAAAGAGAAGACCGCUAAUGAGUAAAAGGCUCGACUCUGUUUCCACUCACCCUCCAUCCACUGAAUAAGAGACGCAUGUGUACAGGUUUCCUGCCAGAUAUUGGGGGUGAUUGUAAUCUCUCCCAGUCUGCUGUGAGGCUGAGAAGAGGAGAUUUUUUAUUCUAUGUGUUGGUGUCAUCUGUGUGCCUGCCACCUGAUAUAACACUGUUAGUAUUCCAGUGCUGGAGAUCUUUUGUGUGUGAAAGAUUUCACGACACACAGCUCAAUCUGUGUUCUUGGGGGAAAAUAAUAUCAGAUGUAUUGAGCAAGGGGCUUUUAUCUUUCUAGCAACUGUAGUGGAAGGUCAACUUAAAUUUUUAGUGUGCUUUAUGUAGCAUUUUAACACCACAGGAUGAUCGAGACAUUGUUUUAUUACUGUAAACAAAGGAGACCAUCACGGGAAGACCAAUUGGUUGGGCAGCAGCACAAAACAAAGACAAAGUUUAAUUUUUUAGUGUUUAUCCCACUACAGUUUGAAUAACACAUUGGAUAAUGUUGUCGGAUAUUCGCUCUUGUAAUCUUGUUACAUAAACAAACAUGUGCAAAGCAAGAAAGGAGGAAAAAGAGGGACAAAAAUUGUCUUUGCAACAGGAAAGUUUGUUGAAAUGUGGUCUUUAAUUUAAAAAGCAAAAUGCUAUAUGUAGCACUUUUUAUGGGUCACAUUUGUAAAACAGGAGGCAUCUCACUGGAUUCAAACAGCUGGGGGUCAAGUGCCUUGCUCAGUGGCACUUCAAAGACAGAUAUACAGAUAAUCCUCCAAUGCUAACCAGCACCCCGAAACUGAAAUCCAAUUACUCCAAAUUUCUCCACUCGGCUCCAGAACCAACACUAAAAAACAUGCUUACGAUGUCGUACUGUUCACUCUAUUAAUGCCACCACGGGAAAUGUCUUCAUAUUAUUUGCAUGCAAAUGUCAUCAAAGCAACUGAGUCAAGUUACAGAUUGUUGUGAGGAAUAACAAUGUUGUCCAAGUUUUUUUUACUUAAGGUAUAAAACUAAAAAAAAAUCAUAAACAUUGAAAGCAAUUUAGUUCACCUCCUGAUUUUCUUGCUAAAAAUGGACCCAUGUUGACUGUGAUAGAUCACCAUAGAAAAAUUGUUAGUGGGCAAUCAUUUGGAUGAACUUUGUUCGUAUAUUCUGCUUGAUGCUGGAUACAUUACAGUACAAUUUGAGGUAGUUGUCAUCCACUAGACAGUUUAACCCCUUUUUUACAGAAGUCUCACUGCAGAAACUGGACAUUUGUGUGUUUACUUCCUUUAGAAAUGUUAUUUUUUCCAGCUUCCCUAAAGGCUGGGUAUCAUGUAAAAAAGUGUCAUUACUGAACUAUGAGUUCUGCGGCAGAUACCAAAAUGAUACAUUUCAGAACUCACUUUGUUUUUUUUUGGUUUUUUAAAUUUUCUAAAAAACCUCACUUAUUUCUGUUAAACAAAACACCCCAAACAUUUUAGCUUUAAUUUUGUCUCAACAUAAAGCAGCUGCAAAAGAACUUUGCUGAAAUCUGAUUUAAUCAAGAAAUAUCUGAUAAAAGAUUAACUAAACAAAAAUCAGGUGAAACGUUCCAGCUUUUAAUACCUAAAGGAUUUUUUCAAUGCAUUUUGUUGUGUUCUAAAAAAAACUCACAAAACCAGCUCUGUAUCUUGCCCUUAUUUCUAAAAUAUUUAAUUUUGCGGUUAGAAAUGAUCAGAUCUGAUCAAAAUUUGAGAUCUUUGUUUAAAUGUCCCCAAGGUCUGUAACAAAAUUUGGUCUUAUUAGGUCAAUCUUGUACUUUUGUGACAGUCUUAAUACACACAUGUGCUGUACAUCAAGUAAAUUGCUUUUCUUUGAAAGGGUCACCUUGUAAAAUUAUUUUGUCACAUUGUAGGAAAAGUCUGUCACCCAAAGAAUUACUGUGUAUCUUUUGUGUAAUACUUUUAAACAACAGGUUGAUUAAGGAUUAUGAUUCAUAUAGUUAACAGUCUAGUCAUAAAACAAAACCCAAAAAAACAACCUCAAACUUUCUUUUUUAAAAACACAUUCAUUUGAAGUGAUAUUUGUGUGACAGACAUUUACCCCUGUUUUCCUUUGCAAAAAGAAAACAGGUUUUGAUUUGCAUUUUAAUGCUGAAUCAUAAACAAAUGAGACCAUCACUGACAAUCACUGCUGGCCUCUAUUCUGAGUUUUUACCAAUCCAAUCAACAGAAUUAAUAUUGGCAUUGUACAUUUCUGCAAACAACAGAUAUGAUACAUUUCACAUGAAGCAGACAUGUUGAAAGUGUAUGUUUAUUAAUUUAAAAUUGAUGUUGUGACAAGCUGUGGUUAAAAUGGGGUUAAGUGUAGGCACAAAAACCACUGGAUUAGGGUUAGGAAAACAUAUUUUUGCUUGUAUGAAUAUCUUGAUUGUCAGCUACAAACACCGCUGGACAUCUCCUGAACUACUGUUAAAAAAUACUCCCCUUUGUUGUGAAAACUGGGCCAGCGUUGUCCUGAACUUGCAUUAAAAAAGACCUUCUUUUGAAAAAAAAAAAAAAAAGAUCUGUAUUUGUUGCUACAGUGUAGCCGGACAUGUCCUGAACUUGUGUUAAAAAAGUCCUUCUUUUGUUGGUCUUGAACAGUCAGAUGCUGCUGUUUGCUGCUCUGCAGCUGUCUGGUGUUACACCAUCCACUCCCAAAGUCCCAGCCUCCCAAAAACACAUAGUCUGAACUAUGUCAUGCAUAUAAAACAUACAAAUGUAAUCAAUCUGUGGUUUAUAGGAACAUACAAUGCCAACAUUUUAUUCUGGCAACUUGUCUCGUUGGUUUUUACACUGUGAACCACCAGGUACAGUUGGUGGGAAAUGUGCAGACAGGGGGCGCUGUUUCUGUCGAAGUAACUUUAAGUUGAAGUUAUAUCAGAAACAGAGGGAAGCAGUAAAAUCACCUCCAUUACACUGAACAGCCUAAAUAAAUCUGAAGAGAAAAGAACAUUGAACCUGGAGCACUUAAAACCACUAUCACAGCUGUGAGACAGACCAUCUCAAUCAUGGUCUCAUUUGUUUACAACCAUCACACUAAAGAUUUUAAGAAUUAUGUAUUGAUGUUUUGUUUUGUUUGAAAUCGUACAUUGAUCUUUUAAAUUUUGAUUUUAACAGUGAGUUCAAAUGUUGUUAAUGUUGCUAUUUAUUAUUUGGUUUUAGGUACAUGACAUUAGCCCCGUAGAUCACUUAAAUCUGACUGUUUGGAAAGUUGGUGUUUUUUGUGAAAUGCUAAAGUAAAAUAAUUUAAUGCAGACAGAGUUGAAAGAUUUAGUAGUUUAGGGUUUGAUAUUUGACAUUUCACAACAUGCUUAAUUUAUAGUAAAUAUGGCAGAUUACAUAGAGUCAAAUAAGAUCCACUGUUUGGCGAUUUGACUAUGUGUCACAAUAUUGUAUUCAAAUUUUUAUCAUUUUGAUUUUUUGGUAUUAUUCAUACAAAGACAUUUCAACUCCUGAGAGUGAAGAAAUAGUGUAGCUCUCUCAGGAUGAAAUUAUAAAUUGUUACAUUUUGGUGCAAUAAUCUGUUGUACGUAUGUAUUGUACUGUGGAAACUUUGAUACUAUCACUUUUUAUUAUCGUUGUAUUUUUAUACUGGUGUACAAGGCCUUCUAUCACUUGUUUUGUUGAUGUGUGUCGUGUUAACAGGAUACAGAAAUGUCACAUACAAGCAUCCUUUUCAUCCUCCUUUACCAAAGAAUAUGACGUUAUCUAACUGUAGGCA